GACACAAUCAGUUCAACAACUGAGCAGAUCCCGGGAAAAGGCAACAAGACAGACAGCAGCAGCAGCAGUAGCAGAGCCGUAAUUAAUUAAUGGAAAACUGGAUUAUGAGGAUUGGAAGUGCAAUCUGAAUAUUGAAAGCCUGGAUUAGUGGCUUUGCAGUUUCCCUACACAAUGGGCAUAGAUAGGCGACAGAGAGCCUCUCUGGCUCUCACCUUAAACUUCAUCGCAGUCGUCUUCUCUGUCUCUGCGCUGAGCACCAGCUACUGGUGUGAAGGAACGAGGAAGGUGGCGAAACCUUUCUGCAAGGGUCCAGUGAAACUCAGGCAGAGUUACUGUAUCAUGUUCAAUAGCUCCAAUAUAAAUGACAGCCGCCUGGUACAAUAUAUUUGGGAAACCGGGGAUGAUAAAUUCUUAAUGAGACGUUUCCACACCGGGAUUUGGUUGUCCUGUGAGGAAAAUGUUAAUGGAAUAGGAGAGAAUUGUCGAAGUUUUCUGAACAUUGCGCCACCCCAUGAGAAAGGUGUGCUGUGGCUGUGCAUCGUGGCAGAAUGUUUGUAUAUCCUUUUGCUUGUGACGGGCGGAAUCCUCAUGUCAAUAGAGAUCUGUCACUUCACUAACGUUAUCGAUGGACUGAAACUAAAUACCUUUGCUGCAAUAUUCACUGUCUUAUCAGGGCUAUUAGGCAUGGUAGCGCAUAUGAUGUAUACCACUGCUUUCCAGUUAACAGUGAGUCUUGGACCAGAAGACUGGAGACCCCAGACAUGGGAUUAUGGCUGGUCCUACUGCCUUGCGUGGGGUUCGUUCACCUCCUGUAUGGCUUCUUCUGUGACAACAAUCAACAGAUAUACAAAGACACUCCUGGAGUUCAAGCACAAACGGAGGAAGAUUGAGAAAAGUUUGAAAGUCAAACAGAAGUUACUUGACUUUGAUUCGCCGGAGCAGGUAUGGGACAUGUACAUCAGUUCCAUGCCCAGCACAGCAGAGGAACUCAUGGAUUCCUCAAGUAACGGGCGCAGGCUGUCCAAUACCUCAGUCGUCUUAGACCUGAACGACCUUCCUGACCCACAGGAGGAAGAAUAUUGCUGAAUAUUUGUGGUUGUUUAAAACAAAAAUAUUAGCUUUUCAAGUGCCGGUACUUCAAGGUGGUAAAUAUGAUUUAGCAUCACCGUUUUAAGGUAUUUUGUUCAUUACAUCUUUUAACCCAUUGAAAGGGGUCUUACAGUUGCUAAUGAAAUAAUUCCACGAUCCUGUCAUGCACCUCCAUUUGCUAUGUAGCUCGUACUGCAUGUGCAAUUUUGAAAGAAGCUUUGUUUUCAGUUUUUAAAAAAUCUCCUGGUGAAAUGACUUGGGAAGUGGGCCUGAAAAUAAGACUUGUAACAACAGCUCUCUAUUUUCAAAUGAAAAUACAUGUUUCUUUGAAAGCUGCUCAUGUGAGACCUAUACAUAUUGUGAAUGGAUGCUAAGAUUGAAGAAUUUCAGAAACUGUAACUACUUUAAUAGUCUGCUAUUUAUAGCAACAUAAUGCAAUACAGUGUUGCCUUUUAGGUAAUUGUUCCUGUAGUACUCUAUAGAUAAAAUAGCACAAUCUGAGAUAUCUGCUUUGCUCAUUAAAAACUGCUGGAGGGUGACGCCCAAUAUACGUCGAAAGAACAAAAAGAUUUUCAGGGGAUCGGAGGUAAGGUUGCUAAUGCUAAUAAGAGAUUGGAAACUGAAUUUUGACCUUGCUUUGAUGUUCUGAGUCAUUUGAGCCCCACUGAAUGUAAUGAUGCUGCCACAGCACGUUGCACAGCUUCAUCAAUAUGAAAACAAUGCAGUGCUGUUCUGAACUGGCUAAAACAAGAUACAUGCUCAACCUCUAGGGAGCUUCUAAUUGGGUAUUCAAAGACAUUCUUUCAGAUAUAUGCCAAUAUGAAAGUCCUUCAUGUGCCAACCUUCUAGAACAAUGCAGCGGGCAUCCUCUGGCUGUUACUAAAGUCAGGUUGGCUAGGCAUGUUUCAAGUACAAUACUAUAGAAAAGAGCUGUAAACUAGCGGGAGAAUUCAUGGGAAAGGUAUAUUACAUUUUUAAAGUAAUCUAUUUUUUUCAAGUUACCCAAAAACUUGUCCAUGGGAGACACAGUGAUUGGAUACUCAUUGGAGACACAGCGAUUGGAAGGUUUUUACAACCAGGAAAUUUACUGGAUUUCCCAACAGCCUUUGGAACUCUGUAAUAAAACGUUUAAGUCAGGUAGACAAAUGUUUCAGCUAAUGCCUUUAUCAGUGUUAUGAGUUCUGCUAUGAAUUGUUAUGAAUUUUGGAGUCAAAUGGACAGGUCCCUCACCUGUCCAUUUGAUAUGUCUCCUGACAGCUACACGAUUACAUCUCUCAGAUAUGGUUGUUAUUUUCAUGUUCUGUGCUUUCCCUAUUACAAUCUGUUCCUUGCUUUCAGCUUUAGUAAAAUAAUUGGGUGCAUGCAGAUAUAUUAAACAGAACUCACCACAGCCUGUGAUUUCCACUUUAAAGUGUUAUAGAACACCCUGCUGUGGUAACAAGAAACACAUACGAUUGUGUUGCUCUAGCCUGUGUUGUAGAUAUUAAGCAAUAUAUUUUUCAAAAUAACUGGAAUAAAACUGGAAACUUUGAGUGUCAUGGUGUUUCCAGAUCAUGCUCCCUUCUGCUACUGGUCUUAUUGGAUAAAAAGGUUGUUAUGGGAACAGAAAAGCAGCAGCCUUGUUUCUGAAGGGAGCAUGUUUCAAGAGGGACAUACAAAGGCUCCCACUGACAGCAUUACACAGUUGCCAAGUGACUGAUUCGGUCAGACUCAGAGAGGAAACAGCACAUAACUUUUUUUUUUUAAUUAUUUUUAUUUUAUUAAAGUCUGGGACCUAAAAAGGAAAGACCAACAUUUUUGCCAUAUAACAAGCUGUAACUAUGAAUCAAGUGUACUUGGAGACAAUCCCCUUCGCUCACUUAAAAACUUAGACCCUGUCUCAGAUUUAAUCCACUCAAAUAUUGUUAUCUCCUUGUACACCCCUUAUAAGAGUUUACCACAGUAAAUUUGCACCAUGUUUUUGCAGUUUCCCCAAGUGUUCUAUGACGCUUUCCUCUCUGGUAUUUACAAUGUUUUACCAUGAUUUCCGUAUGCUGUUUUACAUUUUUCUAUGCUUUUACUAUGCUAUACUUUUAUAAUGAGAUUUGAUGAGCCCUGUCGUUAUUGAUUAAAUUUGCUACAUAAGCCUGUGUAAUUCCCUUUUAAAAGCACCAUUCAAUUAGAAGUUGUAAUUGUGAGUUUUUGAAGGCAAAAUAGAGAUUUUGAAAUGUGAAGAUGUUUUACAUGUGUAUGUGUGAGAAUACAGGCCAGCAUCGCCCAUUAUGCUCAGUGUAGACUGAGAAAACACUUUUAAAAAUGAUUGAGUAACGUAAAACAGUGUGUGUUGUGAAAUAGAGCUAUCUUUGUAAUAUACCUAUAUCAAUUGCGAGGUGUUGUGUGACAAAUAUUGUAAUAUUGUUUUUGCACCUGUCAGAUGUUUUAUGGAUAAUAAUAAAUGGUUUAUUGUUUUGCUGUAUGCUGUAUAUAUUUUUAAUAAACAACACAAACUUAG